CUAAAGAUCGCCUAAAAAAAUCCCCUCACUCCUAUUUCAGCCCGAAAAGCAAAAUUAUUGCAUUAUUUCAUGCCGAGAAGAGACCAGGAAGAGGAUUGAGAUUUUUUCUGCCUGUUUCAUAGGCUUUUACAGAGCUGCACUUUUACUGGGCUUCCAGGAUGCAGCCUUCAGUGAUCUCCACUGAUGUUUCAUUAAAGCCAUAACACCCCUUUGUUCUUUGGCUUUGUCCCCAGGGGGAGUGAAAAAGGGCUUUUUGGUUUUGAUUAAAAAAAAAAAAAGUUCAGAGAGAGAGAGAGGAGGGAGAGGGAAAGAAAUCCUUCCAGUUCUAACUCACUCAAGGAAGGUGUGAGCUUAUUUUCCUCCUUUCUCCUGGCAUUUUCCCUUCCCCUUUUCAGACUGGAUCAUGUUUUUUUCUUUUCUGCAACUUGGAUUCUCUUUCGGAUUAUUUCAACGUUUGCAACCAUGACCGGGCUUCACUGGCCAAGUGGAUUAUUUGUUUUCCUGAUCUAAGGACCUACAGAACCGUGAUCCAGAGUCAGGACCCUCCUAAAAGCUCAAGACAGGGAUAACGAUUUCUUGCAGCCAUGAGUUCUGCUGGGGUGCUGACCUGUAUGCCAGACUCCGGACGGUUAUUCAGGGAGACUUCAUUGCGCCCACCAGUGCCAGGCCAAGAGACAAAAAAUUACAAGACUGAGAAGUUUGCAAUGGACCCUCAACACUAUGAACAACAAAUUAAAUGCAAGGAAGAUUCACUACGAGAAGCAGAAGGUUGUGCAGCCCAAGAUUCCCGGUUUUCUCGAUGGGGUCGCUCCUUGAAUCUUUUGCUGGAUGAUCAGGAUGGAGCAACACUCUUUCGUAUGUACCUGGAAGGUCAAGGCCUGGUGGAUCUUUUAAGUUUCUGGUUUGCCUGCAAUGGCUUUAGAGCUAUGGACCCAGCAGAACCCAAAACCUCAAAGACAGCCAAAGCCAUAUAUCGUUGGUAUGUACAGAACAGUCAAUCUGUUUCAGGGCGUUUAAAGCCGUCCACACGGGCCCAAGUUAAGGACUGUGUCAAGAACCAACAACUAAAUAGAACUGUGUUUGAUCAGGCACAGCAAGAGAUUCAAAGGGCCAUGGAGCAGGAGGCCUUUCCUUCUUUUUUGCAGUCUGAUAUUUGCAGGGAAUAUGCUCAUGCUAUUGAAGACAGUCCCACCCCUGAUAGUCCAGGGCCUGGACUUCCAACUCUGGCUGAAGAAGAGGAAUAUAAUGGAUUACACCACACUUCUACUGGUUUGGGUGCCAUGAGAAAAAUAAACCGUGCCUUCACACGUGUGCCACCAAGAAGCCAAAGGUCUCACCUGCGCAAAACAGAACCAGUAUUCCAAUACUUUGCUCCUGCAGCUAGUAUUAAUGACAGUGAGAUUUCAAGUGAUGCACUUACUGAAGACACUAUGUCCGUAACAGAUAGUAGUGUAGAUGGAAUCCCACCAUACCGCUCCAAGCAGAGAGAAAUCCAUAGAAGUGUUAGUGCCAAUGGUCAAGUGCCUCUGCCUUUUGUUCCUAGAACAAUGCGCCCACCAGCUGAAAUGAUGCCAACCAAUCCUGCAGAAUUUGCAGCAAAACUCACUAUAGCUUUGGAAAAAGUUAAAAGGCAAAGAGAUGCAGAAGAAAAGUUGGAGGAAAAACUCCAAAGAUUAAAAGAGGAAGAAGAUAAACCUGAAUAUGACAUUCCGGCAUCAAGCCAUGAGGCUUUGCCAGCUGCUUCUUUUGAUGAUGACCCUCAGUCCAUCCUUGAUGACCAUGUAUCAAGAGUCCUGAAGACACCGGCAAAUCUGUCACCUAGAUCACAGUCUCCUUUCAUUCAAAGAAAAGCCAAAGGUCAAGCAACAUUUGGCAAAGGUCAAAGCUUAACUUCCUCCCACUUAAGACCGAAGGCUCCUCCAGGAAUGGAAACACCUGUCACACAGAAUGUAGAGCAGCGAGGGUCUGUUAGUUCACAGGGAGCAAGAAGUUACAGAAAGGCAGAAGGAUGUGCCCCAUCUCAUAAACUGGAUGAUGAAGGCUCUUCUGUUGGGCUGACUACGCCACUUUCACUUGAGCAAGAAGUAGAACGCAGCCACAGUGUCUUGCAAUGGGUCUUAGAAAGUGCAAAGUUGAUGAAAAAACAUCAUCGUGAUGGAAGCACAAGCCACUGCUCAGAGUUGAAGAAAACAAGCCACCGCACAGCAUCCCAACCUGCACACCUAUUCCUGCAGGAUACUUCCAUGCCUCCUCUUAAUGCACCAAACACCCUGGAUCAACUGGAAGAAGCCCGUCGGCGACUUGUUGAAGAGAAGAGAGUUCCCAAACUUCAUAAGAAUAGGUGUGUGCAGUCGGCAACUCUUAAAGAAAAAGGCAAAGCUGUGGAGAACCUCUCAUCUGGCUUCUCAACAAUGAAAUUAUCUGAAGAGCUUAAGUCUGCAAAAAAGAUGAAUAAUGAUCAAGGGCAAGGAGGUUUAGCAAUUGUCUACUACUUCUGUGGAGAAAGAAUUCCUUACAUGAUUCGAACAAAAGAGCCUAGCUUGACUUUGCAGGAAUUUAAAGAGUUGCUCAGUAAGAAAGGAAGUUACAAAUAUUACUUCAAAAAGGAGAGUCAAGAAUUUGAAUGCAAUGCUGUGUUUCAAGAGAUAUCUGAGGAGGAUGCAGUCCUGCCAUUAUAUGAGGAGAAGAUCAUCUGCAAGGUGGAAAGAGCAUGUUAAACACACACUUAAUGCAAGUGAAAGGCCUCUUCUACUGUUGCUGUUUAGAACUAAAGGUUUACAGACAUUGCAGCAAAUGGAACUUCAUGACUUCAGAAGUUCUUGGGGGAAAAGUGAAGCAGAUGAGCAAUGGAUGUUGGAAUGAGAAAAUGGAAACUACAUGAAGUUAAAGAUAAGAUAACAUGGAAUCCUUAAAAUGAGAACCUGGAGAGUUAUUAAUGCACACAAAUGUGCAGUUCCAUAGUUGGUUGAUGGGCAAUUCUGUUGUCGGCAUGUAAACGAGAAACAUGUCUGCUGCAAAAAGUGAAAGCUUAUGUCUCGAAUGUUUCUGGCCACUAUAUAUAUUCAGGUACAUUUUAUGUACAUAAUAUUGUCUAUUUAUAUAGCAAGUGGCUUGGUUUUGAUGGACAAUGGCCAGUUUGCUAUAGAACGUCGGACAUUUACUAGUAAUACCACUAUGUAAUCCUGAACUGCAAAUAAUCAUUGGAUGCCACGGUCAUCUGCGUCAAAGAUGAUCCCUCAAAUAUCCAUCAAACGAAUGUAAGCCUUCAAAAAGAAAUGGAUAAGAGAAGACAGUGAUAGUGUUAAACAUAUUCAGCCUUGUCUAAAAGAACAGAACUGUUCUAGUAUGUAUUGAGUUGUAGAAUAGUCACAUGUACAAAUCUUUCGAGACCACAUUUUCACUCCUGGUUAUCAAGCUAUGCAACACAGAUGAUCAAACUGCUGCUAUUCAGACUGCUGGUGGCUGUCUUGCCUGGUUUAUACUGCAUGAUUCGCUGCCAUACUGAUCAGAGGGAUAUUGCCAUCUUAAGUUUGUUUUCAAGUCUAUUUUUAAUAGAAUCUGAAUGAUUACUUUUAUAUUUGGUACUAGUUUAUAUGGGUUAAACUGUUCCUCUGAAUCACAGAUCGGAGGACUUAAACAACUUGCCUUUAUCUAUAUGUUCUGUUUUAAGAACAGAUUAUACACCUUGGAUGAAAUUUGACAAACUUUGGAACCAGCAAGAAAAGGCACAUUAGAACCUUAUUUGUUCACGUGACUAUUGGAUAUUUUUUCCUUCCAUUGUGAUGCUGUUGAGAUAAAACAUCCUUAAAACAUUUGGAUAUCUAUAAUGGAAGCCAUAUCAAGCAUUUUUAAACUCUGUUUUAGGGGUUUAUAUUUUCCCUUGAUUAUAUUAAAGGGUUUUUCUGCCUUUUGUAUAUAAUGUAGAAAAAUAUGUAACAAAAUGCCUUUUAUUUAAGCAAUAAUAAAUGUCUGGGUAUUUUCUGAGUAGGUCUCCUUCUAACUAUGAGAGGCUGUAUACACAAACAGUGCUCCACUAGGAAAUAUUGACCUGUAUCAGGGUCCAUUAGAUACAACUUUUUGUGAAUUUGCUACAAUAAAAUAAAAAAAAAUAGGCCAUCUUAAGUCCUUCUGUAGACUAUUUUAAUGUCAGUAUUGUCCUAUUUAUAGUGUCUUGCAGUAUGACUUAAACUUGAAGGCCUGCUGUUUUGAGCAGAGCAACGCUAAUAGUUUUAAUAGGAACAUAAUUUGGUCUUUUAAUGGUGCAUUUGUCAAUGUUUUUUCAUGGAUCUAUUUGAAAUAACCAUGGCAACUCAAUGGGUCAAGCUAAAAUCGGGUUUCUAUUUCUUUACUGUUGUGUUCAGGACUGUAGAGUUGGUUUUUCUUAGUAUGUGAUACAUAGAUGGUCAUCUGGACCACUUAAGGGGUUUGUGGGGACUUUUACAUUAAUGGCUUAUCCUCAGGAUAGGCCAUUAAUGUAUGAUUUGGAGAGUGCAGAUACCCAGUAGCCCUGCUGAUCAGCUAUGGCUCCACCAUAUACACAAACCAUGGGACCAGAAAAAGAUGUCUCCACUCACUUUGUUGUGACUGUGCUGGGUUACUGCCCCUCUUUCUCACUUCAAUGGGAGCUGAGUUGCAGUAACCCAGCACAACCACUGCACAGGGAAAGUCCUGGAAAAGUCCUUUUAGGAAAUGGAAGGUAGACUGUAAGAAGUAUAUUCAAUUUAGCAUGGGGUUGUUAUGUAAAAGUUAAAUUUUCUUUUAGGGAUGAGCUUGUCCUGUGUUGCUGCUAUCCGUUUCACAGAAAUAAGAGUAAAAUGAGGGUCGAUGAAUGCUAUAUAAACAUUUGAUUACAAUAAAAAAAAACAUAGCUUCCUAAGCUCCUAAUAAGAUUCUUGUGACAUUGGUAGACUGUUUGAACUGUUGGUAAGGAGGCUGAAAGUCCCCACCCCCCUACCCCCCUAAAUCCACAUAUGUUAGCAGAAUGCCUUAGUAGCCUGCAUGACAUGGGUAGACCACUUUCUGCACUUUAGCUGAUGAUGAACUAGAAGUCCUUAUGUUCAGCCAGGCCAGCCUGUAGCAAGUGUUAUUUCUUAAAUGAAAAACUGAUAUGGUGCAGAUGUUUUAUUUUUCCCCCAAAACCCCUACAUUUAAGAAGUACAAGCAUUACCUGUAGUAAUAUUUUCUUUUCUAGAAUACAAAUUGUAAAUGUUUUAUAAAUAUAAAGAUUACUAUUUAAUAAUUCAUACUAAAGUAUUGUUAUAGUCUUGGUAACAUAGUUAUCAGGACAUUCCUUCAUGUCAACACCUGUUUUAAAGGUGUUAAAUAAAAAAUGAUGUUGUUACAGAGGAAAAAAAAUGUACCUUCUUUUUUUUUAUUCUUGUAGCAAUAAACAACAAUGUGGUAGCCAAUUAUUCAUCAACCGUUUUAUACAGUAAUUCAUAUUUUUAUAUCUAAUUAUAUUCACAUGUAUAAAAUAUAAAUACAUUGUUUUAUAUAUAUUUCAGAGUUAUUAAUUAAGGUGUAUAAAUUUUAAAACUUUUGUUAUUCUACACAAUGUAAAAAUA